AUGUCUACUUCUUUUGUGGCUGAUAAUGGAUUGUGUAUGUCUGCUGAUCAUCUUGCCUAUAAUCUCUCAAAUUCGAACAUUGGCUUGAAAAGAACAGAAAAAUUUAGAACAACAAGGGUGAAUCUUCCGAUUAGUGACACUCAAGUGGUUGAGGAGCAGUCAACUGACAAGGGUUCGCAUGCUAAGGUAUUGCACAAGUCUUCUGCGUUGCUGGGAAAGGGUCCAGAGAAGGUGCAUAAGUGGGUCAGGAAUCACUGCCCAGCUAAACAUUCUGGUGGAGUGGUUGAGCCUUCGGUUCCCCCUAUUUUGGAGUUACAAGUACUGGAAAGCCAAGAUUCUGGUUGCCUUCCUUGUUGGGUGCCAAGUUUAGUGGGUGUAGACUCGGUGGGUCUUAGUGGUGGGUUUUGUGUGUUUUGGUUUGCCCUAGUUGUGAUUGAUCCUCUUUUGGUUUCUCCGCAUGUAAUAUUGUGUCGAAUUGUGAAGAAUUUGGUAACAAAAUAUGUCCUUUUUAUGUAUGGAGCGCCUCAAGUUUAUGGCCGUACGACUAUGUGGUCGGAAAUUUAUGAUAUUUUAGCUGCUUAUCCGAAUUUUGUGUUAAUUGGUGAUUUUAACCAUGUUGAAUAUUUAUCGGAUAAGGUUGGAGGUAAUCCGGACAUUCCCGGCCGUCAAGAUUUUAUACAAUGGAAACUGGACAAUGGGUUACUUGAUAUUCUAUUUUCUGGACCGUCUUUCACUUGGACUAAUGGGAGGAUAGUUAUGGACCCUACUUUUGAAAGAUUACUUUCCAUUGGCUUCAGGAUUGGUCAGCUACCUCAGUUUAUCACCAUCCCAUUUUGUUUUCAGAUCAUACGGCUAUUAUUUUAUGUGACUCUUUGCCUUCUGGUAGAUAUAAACGACCUUAAUGAAUUGAAAACUGCUUGGUGUGUUUCCCAUAAAAACGCAUUGGGCAUUGAUUGGAAAGCUUUGGUUCAAGAUGUCACUAAUGCUUCUUUUACUCUUGAUUCUCGGAGUAGUCGUUGUUUGUUUAGCACUUUUAGGAUGGAAAAGAUUACAGAGGCUCAGGCGGCGUUUCUUUUUUGGAGACAUCGAGCAAUAGUGAAGUGGGAUGCGUUUGGUGAUGAGCAUACUCGGUUGCUUUUUUCUGCAGUUCAGGCUCGACGUAGGAAAAAUACUAUUCUUGGUCUUAAGGAUAAUGCCGGUCCUUGGGUUUUAGAUGCGCAGGACAUUCGUUCUUUGGUUCUGAUUUUUACAGGUCACUGUAUAGUAGGCAAUCAGAUCGACCUUCUGUUUCUCAGUUCCCUUGGGAUUCCCUUCAGCUCCCUUCUUUGUCAAACAUCGUCAGUCCUUGUAGCUCCAUUUUUGGCUGAUGAUAUUAGGCAGGCUAUGUUUAGUAUUGUUGAUGGUAAAUCUCCUAAUGGUUUUACUUUGGCCUUUUUUAAGACCUAUUAG